CCCCCGAAAGCAGAAAGCGGACCGCCACGCCUGUAGGCGGACCAGCGCCAUCGUCAGACCAGACGCUGGAUACAGACAACAACAGUGGCAGACCGAGAGAGAAAGACCGCAUUUCUUUUUUUGCUUUCAGUUAUGGGUGUAGUCUGAGAGGUGGAAAUUGUAAUUGCACUGCAGCUUUACCUCGAAGUUUAAUCCUCAUGAAGGAGCUCCGUCCUGGCUGAGUUGGGAGAUGGGAGUACUUAACAUUGCAGACCAGCCUCCUCUGGUCCAGGCCAUCUUCAGUCGGAAUACUGAAGAAGUUCAACUGUUAUUGCACAGAAAGGAAGAUGUCAAUGCACUGGACCAUGAGCGCCGCACACCACUUCAUGCUGCUGCCUGUGUGGGUGAUGUCCAUAUUAUGGACCUCCUCAUUGAAUCAGGUGCCAGUGUAAAUGCUAAAGACAACGUUUGGUUGACCCCGUUGCACAGGGCAGCUGCUUCAAGGAAUGAAAGAGCAGUGGGUCUUCUGCUGAGGCGCGGAGCCGAGGCAAACACGCGAGACAAGUUCUGGCAGACGCCGCUGCAUGUGGCUGCUGCCAACCGUGCCACGCGCUGCGCAGAGGCUCUGCUGACCCAGCUGAGCAACCUGAACAUGGCAGAUCGCACCGGUCGGACUGCCCUGCACCAUGCGGCUCAGAGUGGUUUCCAAGAGAUGGUGAAGCUGCUGCUGAACAAAGGAGCCAACCUGAGUGCCAUUGAUAAGAAGGAGAGGCAACCUAUUCAUUGUGCUGCUUAUUUGGGACAUUUGGAGGUUGUGAAGAUGCUGGUAUCCCGUGGUGCUGACAAGAGCUGCAAGGAUAAGCUGGGUUAUACUCCUCUCCAUGCUGCUGCUGCAAGUGGUCACAUCGAAAUUGUAAAGUACCUUCUGAGGAUGGGAGCAGAGAUUGAUGAGCCCAACGGCUUCGGAAACACUGCGCUUCACGUGGCUUGCUACAUGGGACAGGAAGCUGUGGCGACUGAGCUGGUGAACCACGGCGCUAAUGUUAACCAGCCCAACAAGUGUGGCUUCACCCCUCUGCACCUGGCUGCCGUCUCCACCAAUGGUGCCCUGUGUUUGGAGUUGCUGGUCAACAAUGGGGCUGAUGUCAACCAGCAGAGCAAAGAAGGGAAGAGCCCCCUGCACAUGGCAGCCAUUCAUGGACGCUUCACACGCUCUCAGAUCCUCAUCCAAAACGGUGGGGAAAUUGACUGUGUGGAUAAAUAUGGCAAUACCCCCCUCCACGUUGCUGCUAAGUAUGGCCAUGAACUGCUGAUCAGCACUCUGAUGACCAACGGAGCAGACACAGCCAGACGUGGGAUCAAUGGAAUGUUCCCCUUGCACUUAGCUGUGCUGUACGGGUUUUCAGACUGUUGUCGCAAGUUACUCUCCUCAGGUCAGCUGUAUAGUAUAGUUUCAUCUAUGAGUAAAGAGCAUGUGCUAUCGGCUGGGUUUGACAUUAACACCCCUGACAACUUUGGGAGGACCUGUCUACACGCUGCUGCCUCUGGAGGAAAUGUUGAAUGUCUGAACUUGCUCUUAAGUAGCGGUACUGACUUGAACAAGAGAGACAUAAUGGGAAGGACACCAUUGCACUAUGCGGCUGCUAAUGGGAGGUACCAGUGCACCGUGGCUCUGGUGAAUGCUGGCGCCGAGGUAAACGAGCAAGACCAGACUGGCUGCACUCCCCUGCACUACUCUGCUGCCUCCCAAGCCUUCAGCAGAACUGAUCGCCAAUUUUCUGGGAACCAUCAAAAUACUGAGGAUGAGACGAAAGAGUCGUACUUUUGCUUGGAGCAUCUUCUGGACAAUGGUGCUGAUCCAUCUAUGGUCAACUCUAAAGGUUACAGUGCUGUUCACUAUGCAGCUUACCAUGGCAACAAGCAGAACCUGGAGCUGCUCUUGGAGAUGUCCUUUAAUGCACUUGGAGACAUAGAGAGCAGCAUUCCAGUCAGUCCUCUUCAUCUCGCUGCUGAUCGGGGCCACUGGCAGGCCCUGCGUGUGCUCACGGAGACGGCAGCCUAUGUGGACAUGCAGGACGCUGCCGGCCGCUCUGUGCUCUACCUGGCGGCGCAGAAAGGCUACGCUCGCUGCGUGGAGGUGCUUUUAGCUCAGGGGGCCUCCUGUUUGCUCAACGACAACCAUCUCAUGUGGACUCCGAUUCACGUUGCAGCUGCAAAUGGUCACUCGGACUGCCUGCGCAUGAUGAUCGACUACGGGGAGGAGGGGGAUCUCAUCAAUGUCACGGACAAAUUUGGCCAAACCCCUUUAAUGCUUUCUGUUCUGGGAGGGCACACUGACUGUGUCCACUUCCUGCUGGAGAAAAGCGCUCUACCGGACGCGAAGGACAAGAGAGGACACACGGCUUUGCACAGAGGGGCAGUGUUGGGACAUGAUGACUGUGUAGCAGCUCUGCUGGAGCACAAAGCUUCUCCGUUAUGUCGGGACGCCCAGGGUAGGACACCGCUGCACUAUGCUGCCUCCAGAGGCCACACAGAGAUACUGGCCAGUCUGGUACAGGUCACCAUGGCAACUGACCCACAGGACAAACUGCUGGAUAACAAACAAUACACGCCGAUACACUGGGCUGCUUACAAAGGGCAUGAAGACUGUUUGGAGGUUUUACUUGAAUUUAAAACAUUUAUUCAUGAAGAGGGAGACCCUUUCACUCCCCUGCACUGUGCUCUGAUGAACGGCCACAGUGGCGCUGCAGAGAGGCUGCUGGAAUCUGCCAGGGUCCACAUGAUUAACACCCGAGACGCCAAAGGAAGGACCCCGCUGCAUGCAGCUGCGUUCGCUGAGGAUGUGGCAGGACUUCAGCUGGUGCUUCGCCACGGCGCAGAGAUCAAUGCCGUGGAUACGAGUGGACGCUCUGCUCUGAUGGUUGCUGCUGACAGGGGACUCAGCGGCACUGUGGCCAUCCUCCUCCACCGAGCCAAGGCCGACCUGACACUGCUGGAUGAGAACAGGAACACUGCCCUGCACCUGGCCUGCAGCAAGGCCCAUGAGAUGUGCGCUCUGCUGAUUCUGGGAGAGAUCCACAAUCCCACUCUGAUUAAUGCCACCAACAGUGCACUGCAAAUGCCCCUCCAUCUUGCAGCUCGUAACGGCCUGGCUACGGUGGUGCAGGCACUGCUGAGUAGAGGAGCCACGGUGCUGGCUGUGGAUGAGGAAGGCCACACCCCGGCUCUGGCCUGUGCCCCCAACAAGGACGUGGCUGACUGCCUGGCUCUGAUCCUAUCUACCAUGAAGCCUUUCCCUCAGCGGGACCCUUCCUCCUGCUCCUCCUCCUCGCCCACCGUCUCCUCCUCCGCGGGUCUCAACUUGCUGAAGCACUGCGGCAUCACCGCCGCCUGCUCCCCUCUGCCCAGCAACGGCCUCCACAACGGCUACGUCAAAGACCGCCACGGUGCACCGGUGGGCCUGGACGGGUGUCUGUCUGAGUGAACUCAGCCAGCUGCUAUCAACAUCACCACCACCAGGGGGCGACUACCUUAAACAUGGUCAAGAGGACCAGAAGAGCACCCACCCACAUGUCUGUUUUCUCUGUAUGUACGUGUUUGUGCGUCUGUGCGUGCGUGAGCGUUUGGUCUUCUCUUGAGGUGCAGUCAAACCUAUUAUGCAAUUAGAUCCCAUUCCUCCGUCUCCUGGUAGUGCUUAAUGCAAAGAGGCAGGUCGCUCUACAAGGUCACCACGACGAGGCAUUUACUACGAACUAGCAAUCUGGCCAUCUCUAAAUUAUUUAACCCUUUAAAGCCCUGCUGACGUCAUUAUACAGCCAACUUCUCAGAGCAUGGCGGUAUCUUCACCAACUGUCCUCUUUCUCCAUAUCAUUCAGUAGAGAAGUCAUAUCAUGUUUAACCAGAAAGGUGACCUUGUAGAGGAUUGUUCAGCCUUCCCAAAAAAAAUGAUCAAAGAGUUUGUGAGCCUUUUUUUUUAAUUAUUAAAUUGUCUACUAGCCUAGAUUUUUAUGAAGGAACCACACAAGGGAAAGUCAAAGUUCUUGCGUAAGAGUGCAAUGCUUUUUGUACUACAGUACAAUCUGAAAUUUGGGAAAAAGGGUCAUAAAGUUGUUAAAUCCUUAGCUUACUCUAAACGUAUGGCCUAGAAUUGUUUGGCAUUUUAAAAUGAUUUGGUAAAUGCUGCUGAAUUCAUUAGCAUGUCUCCUUCCAAAGGAGAGCCAUUCUGGGGUCGGGCCGAAACAUCCCUACGUACCGCGUACCGACCCCGCUUUUUGUUUUUAAAGAUGCUAAAUAAGUGUUUGUUAAGCUAGAAUGUUUCUAAGCAUAUAAGUUAUGACCAAAGUUGAUCAACACUACUAUGGCUAUAAAUUAUUUAUUUGAGAUGAACUGUACUGUAUAGAGAAAGACAAUAGAUCUCGAUAUACCUCGUCAACUCGUUUAGCAGCUGCUUCAUCUUCACCCAGGGUCCGUAGGCCUAACGUUCUCUUCUUCUUUUGUUUGUUUUGUUUGUUUGUUUGUUUUCGUAGGACUUAGAGAACUGCUGUAGGAUAGUGACUGACUGAGGCCUUGUUUAUUUCUAGAUGAAGGCUUUACUAGUAAUAUCUGCCAACAACACCUCAUCGAAGCAUCUUAUAUCUGAGCACAUAAAUGAACAAGCCAUUUCAAUUUAUUUCCCAUCUCUUUAACAGUGUUUUCCAGAGAAUAUUUCACAAUUUGAAUGGCCUGAUUACUGAAAGAGAGCAAUCAGUCUUGUUUUUAGGCACUAAUAAUAUUUUCCUUUCCUUUUGUUUUUUUUGGUGCGUGUGUCUUUAAAUUUGGAGCUGGCCAUUGACGUUUAAGCUCUCGCUAACGGAGUAUUUUGUGGAGCUGGUGAAGUUGUCUUAAGAAUCUACAUCGCAGCUUCUUAGUGGUGAACUGAUCCGUUUAAACAAAUAUUGUCUCUUUUUCUUUUGAACUAUUAUAAUUAUUGGGCGGUUUCCAAGCAAUAUUUUCUUUUUUGCCUUUUUGUUGAGCGUUAAUAAAUAGACAAUCACUGUCACAAGGGCUUUUGUUUCCCUAGAAUGUGUUUUGAUUUCUUUUUCAUUUUUUUAAAUUUACCUAAAGACUAAACGAAUGGCUCUGUGCGUGCCGGGCAUUUUACUGUCAGUGUCAACUUAAAUGCACUGGAUUGCCUUUGUGGCAUCUCAAGAAAUGCCUUUUGACCCAUGCCUUCUACGACGCUUCAUUUCAGUUGGAUUGCUUGGUGGCAGAACGUAACGAGCCCUGACACUGAUUAUGUUGCCGCCCGUUUGAUGGCAGCGGCAUUUAACUACAGUUACACCAUCGUAUCUAAUGGGAGUUUUAAGUAGAUAAACAAAUAAUUAAAUAAAUGCUUGGCUUAUCUUUACGCUCUGGCAUUGUUAGUGGAGCAGGGAGGUCGUAUCCCUGCAAGAAACAAAUAGGGCUAAGAAGAGAAGAAGAAGAAGAAGAAGUAUCUCUGCUUAGGCCAAUCCCUGUUUAGAUUUCAGGAAUAGCAGAAAUCCAAAUAUGUGCUUUUAUUUGUGUUAAUUUAGUCGUCUCCUCAUCCCAUUUUCUGGUAUUAAGCAUACUAAAGAUGAUUGUAUCAGACCACUAGAGCUGUUGGUGACUCCUAGAUGUUUUAUCUAUGCUAUUUAGUUGUGUUGAGCCAUCUGACGGUGGUUAGCUUACACUGAGUCAGAUGAGUUUCCUUGGUGUGAUGACUUCAUAUCCUCUGGUGUUGAAGUGGCACAAUUGCACACGUUAGUUUGACUGGAUAAGAGAAGAGGACCUAGAAUAGACUUUGUUGUUGAAUACACUUUACCAAGGAAGCAAUGCUUUCACGGCGGUGUAUUAAGCUUGAUUUUUGUUUCUCAAACUGACAAAUAUUCUUUUCAGAGCAGCAAUCUCAUUGAGUUAAGAGUUGUAGAUUACUACUUUAUUCGGCAUCCAUAACUGACUGAAACUGAACAAAUCUGUGAAGCCCAGCCUUUUGUUCUUCUAUUGGAAAGGCGGUGAUGUUAGUCGGGGCUUUUUCACCAAACUGGUUCCAGUGCUAAACUGUUGCUGGUGCUUCCUUGGCGCCAGUUGUUUCUGUUUCCAGCUCUGGUAGCGAUUAACUGGUUCAUUCUUUCCUCCAACUGGGAUGGGGAAAAAAACACUUUGACCAGGAGCUGGAAGUGGGGAAAAGAGAGAUAAACAACCAAUAAUUUUACUAAUUUAAAACAAAAAUGGAAAGAAAAAAACACUUGAAUUUCAUAUUUAUAGCUAAACUCACUCCCUCUCAUGUUUCCAUUAAUUAUAUUCAGAUCCCCAGCUUAGUUUCUGAACACUAAGUUAUUUUCCAUCCUCAGAUACUGUUGAUAAAUGCUCUAAUCGCUGUGUUUAAGAGUUAAUCGCAACGCUGCUGGUGGUAUUAAGAGUUAAUAAAUUAAUCUGGUGACAAUAGAGCAUCUUUUUGCACAAAUGGGGAGAAAAUUUUAAUUUUUGGAGUUAAAAGCACUGAUAUCAUCCUGGGAAAUUAGAAAUAAAAGUGAUAAAAGGUGAGAUGCACAUAGAUUAAACCAACCUGUUUCUGGCUCCAGGUUUUUUCUCUCUUUCUUUUUCUUUUUUUUGGAACCACUUUAGUGGAAAACGCCCCAGUAGUACUGCAGAUAGGUACAUAAUUUCGCUAUUCUUCUCAGGAUUCCUGCUAAAGCAGCAGGUCGAGUUUCUUAAUUCAAUCAGAUCUCUUAUAUCUAAAGUUUUUUCAGUUUUUUUUUUUUUUUUUAACAUAUAUAUUAUUUUUCUCCCCAAGAUGGGAUGUUCCAAAAUUCAAUUUUUUAAAAAUCUGUUAUCCUACAGCACUUAAUUACGUAGUCAAGCACGCACUUUAGUACAUUCAGGUUCUAAGUGUGCAAAGUAGAGCAGAUGUAAUGUAUGUACUUAUGUUUACAUGCAUGUGUUGCUGCUGAAUACAGGAAAUGUAAAUGAGAAAAGGUGAAAAGGAAAGAAAAGAAGCAAAGGCUGCAACUAAAUUGUACUCCAUCAAUGCAUUAUUUAAAAAAAAUAAAACAUUUAUGAAUAUAUAUAUUGAAUAAAAAAGUGGUGCUUUCAAGCACUUGUGACAGAGUCCGCUCCCUGCUGACUUAUGUUAUCUCUUCCCAUCACCCAGCCUACUGUUAACAAUGCAGACUUUGGCCUAAGUCCUGUAAAGUCAGUUGAGAGAUUAAACCAACACCUCAGGCAGGCGGGCAGGCUUCACUAAACACCCUCCAUAUCCUCUGCCAUCUGUAGGUGCUGUCAGGCCAGCCUGGUUUUGGGCAGGGAUUUUUAUUUCAUUUCUCGUGAUGUCCUUAUCUGUGUGGUAAAUGGAGUCAGUCAUUGACUUGUGCAAUGGCGCUUGAUGUAAUCUCUCUCUCUUUUUCUUUUUUUUUUUGUAUUACAGUAUUCUUAUACAUGCUUUUUAUUUUACUUCUUGCGUACCAGUGAUACCAGUGAUUGUGCAUGGAGCUAGGUCAAAGUUGUGACGUAGCUACUAUUAAACAAAUGGAGCAUAUUAUACAAUAUAUUUGGAGUCAGAGAUGGUAAGAAAGCAAUGAAAGGUCCAAUUGUAGCAAUAGCGUGUGUGUGUAAAAGUGUGCAGCACAAAUAUUGCACUGCCAUCCAUUUUAGGCCAAUUCAGUAAAUCAUAGCAUCAAUGCCAAUGGAAGAUUCAAAUGCGGGUUAGAUGUCAUAUUUUAUCACAAAUAAGGCCUGUUUGCCAAAAUGUGUUGAGAGGGAGGGAGAGAGGAAAGCCUCUCUGUUAAGCAGCAAUGGAUUUAUGCAUAUGUUCAAGCAGUUUACAGUCUGACCAUCAAAUCUGAGCCAUGAAUUUACUGACUGAAAUGAAUGUAGGGUCAGUUCAGAGCGCGACAGUUUUCUUUCUCCCGACUUUAAACUGUUGCUCUUCAUUUGUCUUGCGUAGAUAUGAAUAUACAGGUAGCAUGUAGAAAUAUAACUCUCUACUUAUUCUAAUCUAUGUGUAGUAGUCUUCCUGCUUUGAAGGUCUGGAUAUGUUUUAUUUAAUUUAUUUUUUUCAGGUCCCCCCCCCCACCACGACCACCCCUCUUUCCCGCCUUUUAGGCGUUUAUAGUUGUGUAGAAUGAAGCCUAAAACCAUAAAGGAUAAAAUUGUAGAUGAAUUUAACAUUAACGGUCAUCCAUUCCAUUGAGAUUGCCUUACAGUACAGUGAAGCAAGACGGACAAAAAAACAAAAAGGUCUACAGUAGAUAUGAUGACACAUACUCAUAAAUAGCCUAUAUUUGACAAAAUGCACCUAAGCUACACCCAUUUAGUGCCAUAGAAACCUUGAUUUGCCUUUAGACAUGAAUCAUAUUUACUCGGUCAGUAACAUAUUCAGACGUAGACAGGAUUCUUACAGUUUUGUGUUGGGAGCUGCAUGUCUCUAAGCCAGUUAUAUUACUCAAAAGAAAGCUAUAUAAAUGUGCAUGAGAAAUUACUACUUAAAAUACAAGUAUUCUGUUGAAUUUUGGUGUAUUUUAUAAUUGGACAUUUUUUCUGAAGUAUAUAGGUAGUCCCUUUAGUAUUGACGAAGCAAUCCAUUGUUUGUGUUUUUAACAAGGUGGUUUAUAUUGUGUGUUACAAAGAAGAAAAAAAAAUCAUUUUUGAUGUCCCCAAAAAAAAAAAAAAAAAAAGCAUACUAUAUACAAUAUAGAAUUGAUUUGCCUCAAUGGAUGUCUUGGUUUUUACUUGAAGUAAAUGGCAAAUUUCAAUUCAACUCUGAUCCACUGUUGAGCCUUUUGCCUUAAAAGCUAUAACAGAAAAUAAAACCUGGCAGCACCCGAGACGCUACAUCUCCUGUAGAGUUAUGCUUCUUGCUUUGAUUGCUUUAAAACAAAAACAAAAUUGGCUACUUUUAGGUCCCGCAGACGCCACCCCGGGGGGUCGAGAAGCACACAGAUAAAUUGAGGUAGCACAUAGCUCAAGGUUGCCAUGGUACCAAGAUAGCUCUGAGAGUUUGGGAUUUCGCCAUAUUUUCCACUGUGAAUGAAUGAAUGACUUCAGAAUUCACUUGUAAACACAAUCAAACUAUGGCUUCUCUGUUAUCCAGAGCCAAGUGACACUGGGAAUUGACGUUGUGUACCUCAAACAAAAAAAAAAAAAAUACUAAGACACGAAGGAUGCUUGUACAGCUAUGCUAACAAAGAGGAAAAAAAAAAGAAAAAGAAAAAGAAAUCCUUGUACAUCCAUCUUGUGGGUUGUGUAAUUCUGCUUAAACCAGCCUAAACCAGACGAUCUGCGCGGAAGCGUUUGAUCAGCGUUGGCGGAUGUCUCUUGUUUCCUACUUGGCGAAGGGGCAGCCAACUGCACCUUGUACUUUUUAUUGGACCUGCAGUUUUACCUCAUCAGUGAUCUUUUGUGUGACGAUGCUGACAUUGAUUGUGUGGUGUUUUUGUUCCUUCCCCCUGAUGUCAGUCAUGUAGAUUACUUGCAAGUAAAAGAAGUAGUUUCGUGUGCUUGUGACUUUACAACAGAAGUUUGUCAUAUCUAAACAUGCACUAGCCCUUUUUUUUUUAAACUGAAGCGCAUAUUUACCCUGUUCCAACACAUCUCCCUUCAUUACAAUUAACAGAUGAAACUGUUAUUUGGUGCAAGUCAGAGUAAGAAGGUCCAGUUAAAUAUCAGCUGGGAUGUUAAGGUAGCUAUAAAACUUUACCUCUGUAAGUCAAAACAAUAUAACUUCACUGUAUAACAACCUUCCCAGCUGGUUAUUCAUUCCCUCUACCCCACCAAUAUGACCUGUGUAAUACCAAGCACAGAGGUGGCACGGUGCCUUUUACUUGUAACUACCGAAAGGUACGGUCUUCCAUUUGUAUUUCCCAGAAGCCUUACAAUGGGGAAGAAAAAAAACACACUGAACAUACGUGGUGGCAGAACCGAACUCCCUCUGAGCAUCAUCAUUUAAAGGGCAUAUAUCAUAAAUUUUUACCGCUUUUCUUUUCCAAUUGGUGUUCAGGCUUGUAGCUUGUGCUAAUAAUUUGCGCUAAUAACAGGAAGCACAAGGCCGCCUAAAUUUAUGACACCUUGGAUGCAAAACUCUGGCGUUGAUUGUAAUAUUACGUCCAUCCAAGACAAAAAUAGAGAUGCUAAAGACUUGAGAUGGAAAAAGUUGGAAGAAAUGUUUUCUAGGAGUGGUAACUUGGAGACCUAACAAACCAGCACCCUAUAGAGUGAUUAAAGCUCUUUUAGAGCAAAGUGGUGAAUUGGGAAAACUAAACAGCUGGUAGGAUUCAGUUCUGACAUUUCUACUGUGAUGUGGUUUUGUCUCACUUUUGUACACAUAAUAGGUCAGUGAAUUUGUUUUGUUUUUUUGUGAAGGUUUAACUGCAUCACAGUAAUGUAUCUGUAAAAACUCCAAUUACUCCAAUCUGUCACUCCACUCAAACUCAAUUUGCAAUUUUGGCCCUGAAAAAAUCACUACAAUAUUUGUACUUCUAGAUAGAAGGGAACUUAAAAUACUGACGUUAAAUCCGAUCGGCACCAGUCCUCCUGCGACUCUGCUACUAUAAACAAAGCAAUGGUGGAUGGAUAUUCAAUCAGGCUUUAGCUGCAAACACACUCAUCCAUUUGGCUCAGACACGUAGAAAAAAAAUUACAGCUGAAGCUGUCAUCGCUAAAUGUUUAAAGUGGUUACAAAUGUUUUUUGUUGUGAUUUUAAAGUAAAUAAUGGAUCUCCAAAAUGGUUCUAUCAUAUGAUAUUUGCCCUUUAAAUUAUGUUUCAAAUUAAAAGUAAAAGCCUAAAUAACUGCCUCUAGAUUCGCUUGGAUUUCUCCACACAUUUCCCGUGACUUUUAGCGUUGCAGAAGAAAUUGCACACUACUGGUGCGAUUUCCUUUAGGCACAUCAAACGGUGAACGAACGAUCGGUAGAUUGAAAGCACAAAUCCAAAGAAGGCACCUCGGCGCUCGGAGGGCUCUCCGAACCAUAAGAAGCAAAGCAGACCAAAUUUAGGUCAAGAUGUGAGGGAGGAAAUAAAAUAAAAAAACAGAAAUUGUGAGGCUUGAUUAUUAGAAACACAGUAACUGUAGAGAGACCGCUGUCUGAAAUUCCAGAGCUGCUUCUGAUUAUUCCUCUCAGCCUUCUGGGUUAUUCAUCUAUGAUUAGUAACUUCUUCACAGUGCAAACCAAGUCGUCAUCGAACUUUAGGGUGAACUGUUUGUUGUGACUGUGUUGCGAAUUGAUUGUGGAGAUAGUAUUGUGUUAUUUUAGGGUAGACUGAACUAGAAAUAGGAUUGCAGUUUGUAGCUGUGUGCAGUGUUAAUAACGGUGUGAUCAUAUUCUAGAAGUGGCGUAACAUUUGUUGUCUUACUAUGACAUUAAGGCAUGAAAAUCUUCUGUCAAGCUGACCUCGUUUGAAAUAGAUAUAAGUGCAAUAACCUUUUGUUUAUCAUCGCUUCCUCGGUUGAGUAAGAAAAAAAAAAUUAUGAUCCCUUCUCUUUCCUUUUGAUAAAAAAAACAAACAAAAAAACACCAAAAGUCACUGAUCUGUAGCAAAUGAAGGAUUUCAGCGGUCCUCUUGUUUGUAUUCAGAGGUGGCAUUUAAACGUGAGAUGUGAGAUUCUGUUCUUAAAACUGUGAUUUAAAACGAAAGUUUAAAAGCUGCCUGCUCAAACACAGGACCGUGCACAAGUUGAAAAGUUGGAAUUGAUUUUGUUUUGUUUUGUUUUGAUGGAUGGACUUUGAUGGUAUUGUAAUUUGAACUAGACACGUUCCUUUGCAUGUGUCCGUGUGUUUAUAUGCUUCCUCGUUUCCUCCUUUUUAGUCGGUGAUAUGAGGGGAAAAAAACUAAAAGGAAAUCUGAAACGCCUUAUGUUGUUCUCAAUGUUAAGCAUUAAGGUUGUUGUUUUUUUUUUCACGCCCCUCCCUUUUCUGUGUGUAGCCGAAAGCUUGUACAGUCAAACCCACAGGAGAUUUCCACCCGUGCGUUUGUAACUCGGAGGUUUUUAGAGAAACAUUUCCCCCCUGGAAGUGCCGUUUGUUUUCACCAGCAGAAGAUUCGUUACCGGGGGAGAGAGGGGAGAUCGCGUUUACACAAAAAGGUGGAAAGUGGAUUUUGGAAACACUUUGAAAUGAAUGAAACCAAGUAUUGUACGCAGGUGAAGUAAGACGGUUAUAUUCUGAUGGAGCACCUUAUUGACUUGCUCCUUCUGUGAGUCUCCUAUUGAUCUUGAUUACUCUAAAGCAGAGCCAUAUCAGAGAAUUUGCCCAUUAGGAGCCCCCAUGAAUGUGCUUUUAGCUGUAGGAUGUAUAUUGCAUGUUUUGUGAUACUUUAGUUGUAUUUGUAGUCUCUUUCAUGUAUUUUUUUUUCUCUCUCUCUUUGGUUUAGUCUGCUUCACUGAAGAUUUUACCACCUUACUGCAACUCAUGAGCUUUUAACAAAACUGCAUCAACUGGACUUUAGGCAGGUGUUGAUGUGCUGCUGAGGCAGCCUUAAUUCAUUACAGAUUUAAAGAAAAAUAACAAGAAUUGAAAAGUAAACCACUCGCGUUGUUUUAAUGCGAGUGGCUUAUCUGGGAAAUAAAGUCGGAGCCCUUGUACGUGGAAGGACUCUGAAUCAGGGCAUGUGAUGAAUUACAAUCAAAUUAUUACCACGAUGCACCUUCACAAGCAUAGGAGGAGGAAAAAAGUUGGCUUGUCCACCUGACAUUCCAAAUUUGAUUUAGUUUUUCUUCCACGGUCCUGUCUUUUUUUAUUAUUAUUAUUUCAUUUUGCUUUGCUGGUGAAUAAAGUGUGUCAAUGACAGGGUUCCCUAUUUAGCAUAACGCUGAUUACCUCAUUUACAAGUCUGCAAAUAUACUAUUCUACUGUGUAUGAAGGAGUUGAUGCCAUCACCAGCAGCGCGGUCUCCAGACCUAUGAUGACAACAGGACCAAUGAAUUUACUCUGCUCACAUCAGCCACUUUCAGAGGAACCACCCAACUAGAAACAAGCGGAUGGAAACAUGAUUGAACUUUUAUUUUGGCGGGCCAAAAACAGCCGUCGACAAUUUACUUCAGUUGAAAGCCACAGCAGCUGCUAAUCCAGUCAACACGUACAGAUGCAUCUCGAUUCAGCAGAAAACCGACAUGAAGUUAAAUUACUUGAGUAUAUUUAAAGUUUUUGUUCCUGUUGACUUUGAUUGUCGCUUCACUGCUACUGAAAAUCCCAAAAGUCGUUUUUUCAGAAGCGAUAUGAUCAGAGCUCCUUUGACAUGAUCUGUCCGCAAUUAAAGAAUCUACUCAAACAUUUAAGCCAACUUUGCUUCACAGUUUUCCUUCCACUCAACUUUCCAUGAAUGGGCUUGUAAACGGUACAAACAUUCAUCUUUGAUAAUGACGGUUUCCUGAUUAGCUGAAUCUUCAUUAGCUGUAAGCCACAAUCCUUAUCGGACGUUUUUCCUUCCUCUCAACUUUCCAUGAAUCUAACUUUAUACAGUAUGAACGGCCAUCUUUGUUAGUAGUGACAUUUUAUGGAUGUUUCCAAAUUAACUGAAUCGUCAUUAGCUGUAAGAUAAACCUUACAGCUGAAGAAGUCCUUACUAGACUUUUUUCCUUCCAUUCAACUUUCCAUGAAUUGGCUUGCAUACAGUACAAACAUUUAUCUUCGUUAAUGACGGUUUAUGGCUGUUUCCUGAUUAACUGAAUCUUCAUUAGCUGACAUGACUUUUUCCUUCCACUCAACUUUCCACAGCUCAAGUUGACAUUUUGUUAGUAAUGACAGUUUAUGGCUGUUUCUAAAUUAACUGAAUUGCCAUUAGCUGUAAGGCGAUCCUUGCUGGACUUUUUUCCUUCCACUCAACUUUCCAUGAAUCUGAUUGUAUACAAUACAAACAGCCAUCUUUGUUAGAAGUGACGUUUUAUGGAUGCCUCCGAAUUAACUGAAUCUUCGUUAGCUGCAAGCCAUCAUUGUCAGAAAUAACAGAAUAGAAUCUUGAAGUUUUGUCUCUGUUUAGCUAAUCUGAUUCCAGUAUAGAGUGAGUUUCUCUUUUUAAAUUGAGAUGCACCUGUGUCGUCAGAUUAAAAAUUUAAUUUAGAAAAUCUACCAGCUCAAACACUGACUGGGGUGGCAGCUGUUGGCGCUAACUAUCGUGGUUCAGUAAUCCUGGCGUAUCACAGAUAUUUCAACAUUCUAGCAUUGCUCGCUGUUUUGUUUUUGUUUCUUCGUAGCAUUACUCCUACCUCCUUGUUUUGCAGCAUUGAGUAUUGUUCGUCUCUCCACCUGUUCUGGCUUUUAAUGGGUCAGUCCACUGUACGGGAAUACAGAUUUAUCAUGAGCAAUUGUAUACUUAUACAUAAAGUGUGCUUGGAUGUGCUGUACAUGUCUACUUGACGUUUAAAAAAAAUAUAUUUAUGAGAAGCAUUUAUACGACUAAAUACCACUGGAAUGUGAAGCCAGACAAAUUGUGAUGCAGAUUAUGAUAGUCUCUCCCCUUUAACAUUCAGUGGUGAAUGGUCAGAGGAACCAUCUUUAGUAAAGUAAAUGAUUACCUUUUCUUUCUAGUUUAUUUCAUUUUUCUGUGUAUGCUUUUCUGUCCAGCCCUAUAAUAUGAGAAUUCAACGUUUACAGCUUCAUUUAGGCUCAUGCAGCUGUACUGAUAUCACAGGUUGUCACGAUGAAGAUGGGUAGGUGGAUUCUGAUUUUGAGGGUUGGAGGGGAGGAAAGUCGGUUUGUGUCCCUCAAGCUGUUUGCCUUUGAAUCCAUCUGUCCAGAUUCUGGCUGCGUAGGCGUCCGUCUCUCCACACUGCCCUCACAUUUUACACCGGGUUUGACUUACAAGGGGUACAGGACAAGGUGAAAGGUUUGAGGUUUUCUCCCCACCAAAUAUUACGGCCCUCCCCUCCCCCUGCUGCCGCCACCUACACACACCAACACGAAAACAAAAACUGUACCAGCCCCACUCCACAAACCCGCCGUCUCACCUGAAACCUCAAGCCAUUCAUGUUUCUGUUUUUGUUUCUUCAACAAUGCAAUCCUGAAAGCACUUUGCCUUGUUAUUCCUUUGUGUGAACAUGUGAAUGAUAAUUUGUUACAGAAAUGUUAAAUAUGUAAAAGAUCAUUCACUGUUUUGGAAAAACCCGCAUCUGUCUUUCUGACGUUAAAAGAAAAAAAAAACAGUUUAGUGACAUUAAACCUGAAUCUAUUUUAUAAAAUGUUUGCUGCAGCCAAUUGGUCUUGUCAUUCAGUAUUGUGGCUUAGGGUUGUUUGUGUUCAAUAAAGUGCUAUUGCUAAAUA